AUGGCUCCCAAGUGUAUUGUCAUUGGCAGCUUGAACGGUCAGAUACGGCCCGUGUUCACUAAGCUAGCCAAGCUGCAGCCAAAACAAGAUUUCUCCUUUGCAAUCAUUCUUGGCGAUCUCUUCGGUGAUGGCUCGACUGAAGACGAGCUCCAAGAUAUUACCGCCUUGGUACAGGGGAAUAUCACCGUGGCAUGCCCAACCUACUUCACCCUUGGUAACCGACCACUCCCCCCUCAAGUGGUCGAAAAGAUUGAAGCAACUGAUGAAGUGUGCCCCAACUUGUUCUUCCUGGGAAAGCGAGGAACCUUGAAGACAACAGAUGGUAUCCGUAUUGUCGCCCUCGGUGGAACCAUGGGAGAGGCAGAGGGUAGGUCCAAACCCGAGAGCAAUGCUAGCGGCAAGUUUCAGCCGACAUAUAGUGAAUCCGAUGCCCGAGCACUGUUCGGUAUUCACAAAACCGACAUUCUUAUUACCAAUCAAUGGCCGAAGGAUGUUCGUCUAGGAUCUAGCUGCGAGGUCUCUGGGGAUAAAGAGACCGUGCCGGCGGAAUUGCAAUGCGUUGCUGAUGUCUGCGCGACCCUGAAACCCCGUUAUCACUUUUCUCGGUCAGACGCUGCUUUCUUCGAGCGUGAACCCUUCUUUCACAUGCCAACGGAGGAGGGUCAAGAUGCCUACCCACUCACUCGGUUUAUUUCAUUGCCUACGUUCGGCUCGACGAAAAAUGCUAUUUAUGCCUUUACCUUGGACCCAACAGCACCUUUCCCAAGCAGUAUUCCCCCGGGCUCCACCAUCUGUCCUUGGUCGGCGGCGCAAAGCAGGCGCAAAAUGCUCCCAAGCCAAAAUGAAUCAUACCAGCGCUAUGCCCCCUCCGACAGAGAUAGAGACCCGGGACAUCAGCGCCGACACAAAGAACGUGCCCCUCCGCCAGGCCCAGAGAAUUGUUUCUUCUGCCUCUCGAACCCCAACAUCGCCACCCAUCUCAUCACCUCAAUCGGCAAUGACAGCUACGUCACCACUGCCAAAGGACCUUUGCCCUCAAGCAACUUCUACCCUUCCCUAGGCUUCCCAGGCCAUAUGCUCAUCAUCCCCUUCGAACACUGCCCGACCAUCGACCUGAUCUUCGAUCCGGCCACCCGAUCCUCGACCUUCGCCGAGAUGCAACGGUACCGCGAAUCCCUGCACCAAAUGCUGAACGAGCGAUCAGGUGGCAAGCUCGGUGCUGUCACAUGGGAAGUCAGCCGCUCAAACGGCAUCCAUACACAUUGGCAAUUCCUGCCGAUGCCGGUGGAGAAAAUCCGCUCCCGGCUUGUGGAAAUGGCAUUCAAGAAGGAAGCGUCGAACCUGGAAUAUUCGACGUUCAAGACCGUGCCAAAUCCCGACGAAAUGCACAAUCACCAUAUGAUCGAUUAUUUCCGAGUCUUCAUUUGGACGCCUACGCCUACGCCCAACACUGAAGCCGAAGCCGAACCCGAUAAUUGGUCUGCACCUGAGCACAAAGGCGUGUGGAAGACUGAAUCUGGAGAAGAGAAUGUUAUCAUUAUGAAAAUCCUGCCGGAGAACCGAUUUGAUUUGCAAUUCGGUCGUCGGGUUAUGGGUAAGGUGCUCUAUCUGGAUGAUCGUAUCAACUGGAGGGACUGUGUGCAAACGGACGAAGAGGAGACGAUGGACGCGGAUGCUUUCAAGGAGGCUUUCAAGAAACAUGAUUUCGCGAUGGAGAUUGAGGAGUGA